UGGGCUGGGGCAUCACCACCAUUCGCCUCGAGGCCCGAGAGCAUUCGAGGAGGAGAUCCCCUGCCCCGAGUUCCUUCCCACACCCACCCGUACUUGCAGCGCGGCUUCCCCACCUCACAUGGCGAGAGAGCCGCAGGCCGCAGGUGGUGCCCGCUGGUAGCUCACCCCUUUCGCCUUUUCAGCUCGUGUUCUUGCGCGGUUUGCCCGCUUUGCUUGUUCGGCUCUCCCCGUCGAGUGAGCUGGCCCGGCCGGGCGGGGCCACGCCGCUUUUCCGAUCCCUCCCACCUGCGCCGCGCUGCCCUACUCUACUACUACUACUACCCAGCAGCUAAAGCGGAGUCAGCGAGGGGAAGAGAGAUAGAGGGAGAAGCCAUUGCUUGCUUUGCUGGGCUGGCUUCUUCACUUCGCUCACGGAGACGGAGGGCGAGCGUCCUUGCUUGUUCCUGUGAUGCGCGGCAUUCUCCGUGCACCCGUUUUAAUUCCGUCCAGCUGUCUCUCCAGUGUCAAUGUUGAUCUCUGAAACCUGCACAUGGUGGUAGCCCCUCAAAGAGGCAGAAGGCAGAAGAACCACUUUUGAUCCUUUGAGUGAUUCAUGGUUAUGGAUCGUGCGAGUUGGCUCUGGAGGCGCAAGUCGUCAGAUAAGAGCCCCGGGGGCAGCGACAGCUCUAUGUCUGUGUCGUCGCAUUCCGAGCAGUGCUCCGACGAUCAGGGUCAAUCUCCUGAAGCCUCUUCAAGAAAUAGAUAUGAUUACAGCCAACAAACUGGAGCUGCAAGAUCCUUGAAUGGCAAGCUAGCAGCAGGGGUGAAUUUAAAUGAUUCCAGUCCAGAGAAUGGUCAAUCAGUAGAACAACAUGUAUCCUCCAAUGUAAGAGAUGAAGAGGUCAAGGAGACCGUGAGGAGUUUAAAUGAGAAACUCUCUGCUGCACUUCUGACUAUCAGAGCAAAAGAGGACUUGGUGAAGCAGCAUGCUAAAGUCACAGAAGAGGCUGUUGCAGGUUGGGAACAAGCUGAAGCUGAAGUUACUGCUCUGAAGGGGCUACUGGAAGCUUCUUGUCAGAAGAAUGCUUCUCUCCAGGAUCAAGUCAGCCACCUAGAUGAGGCCCUCAAGGAAUGUGUCAGGCAACUGCGGCUGGCAAGGGAAGAACAAGAGGAUAAAAUUCGUGAAAUAGUUUCCAAGAAGUCUCAGGUGCCGCAGUCUGAAAACUCUGAGCUCCAAAACCAUAUCACAGAGCUAAAAAAGCGGCUCGAAGUGACCAGAUCAGAAGCAUCAUCAUCCAUGCUGUUACAGCAUAACCUACAAGAAAAGCUUCAGGUAAUUGAGAAAGAGAACUUGGACCUUAAGGCCAAGCUUCAAGCAACUGAGAAAGAGAAUAUGGAUCUCAAGGCCAAGCUUCUUGUACAGUCCAAGGAUCUGAAGAUACUAAUGUUGGAAAGAGACCUGAGCAACAAAGCAGCGGAGACAGCAAGUAAACAACACUUGGAAAGUGUCAAAAAGAUUGCAAGGGUUGAGGCAGAGUGCCGCAGGUUACAUCAUCUAACUCGGAAACCAACACUGAUCAACGAUUCUAGGCCUACACAAAACAAUGGUUGCAUGGAAUCACUGACUGACAGCCAGUCUGACCAUGGGGAGCAUAUGGUGGCUGUAGAUAAUGAUCUGCGAAAUUCCGACUCAUGGGCAUCAGCUUUGAUCGCGGAGCUUGAUCAGUUCAAGAAUGGCAAGGAUGGUUCAAGAAAUCUUGUGAACAAUCCUGUUGAGAUUGACAUAAUGGAUGAUUUCCUUGAGAUGGAAAGAUUAGCUGCGCUGCCUGAAUCAGACCGCACAAGCUCUAACUUUGAAACAGAUUCUGACAAGGCUGUGGCAAGAAGCUUCUCCUUGAAAGUCGAAACGGAGGAAUUGCAAAAUCAGGUCACAGAUUUGCAGCAAAAGUUUGAUGCCAUUGAAAGUGAGAAAAGGGAGCUUGAGAUGACACUUAUGGAGGUUAGAAAUCAGCUUGACAUUUCCUGCGAUGCACUAGUGGCGGCAAAGAACAGGCUGGUCGAAAUGCAAAUGCAGUUGGACUCGGAAAAUAACUCCAAACUUGCAGCUUUGGAAGAUGUGGAGCGUCUGGACUCCGAGAGGAAGGCUUUGGAGUUGCAGUUGGAGUCCAAGUCUGUAGAAGUUGAGGAGCUACUUAUGGCUGUAACUUCAAUGGAGGAAAAUGCAGGGCAGAAAGAGUUGGAGUCGCAGCUAGAACUGAUGUCAGCAGAAGCCACAGAGCUUCGCCUUACUGUGGCAUCAUUAGAAGAGAGAAUCCAAGCUGAGAGGGCUCUUUCUGUGCAGCAUAAAGAAAAGGAAGAGGCAAUGUGGAAUGCUAAAGAAGAUCUGGAAGCACAGCUAAGUUCAGCAAACACUGAAAUGGGGAAACUGCAUGACAUUGUCAAAGCACUAGAGAAUGAGGUCAAAAGGGAGAAGACGUUGCAUGAAGAACUAACAGCACAGUUACAGGUGAAGAUGGAAGCAGCUGUUUGUGCAGUUAAAGAAUCAUUGGAGGUGCAGUUAUGUUCAGCAAAUACUGAAGCAGGGAAGCUGCGAGGUGUUGUCAAAGAGCUUGAGAAUGAGGUAGAAAAAGAGAAGGCAUUGCAUGAAGAGCUUGCAGCACAAAUAGAGGUGAAAACUGAAGCAGCAAGAACCGCCAAGGCUGUUAAAGAAUCCUUGGAGGCAAAGCUGUGUUCAGCAAACGCUGAAAUACAGAAACUGCAAGAUAUCACAAAAGCACUACAAAGUGAGUUAGAAAAAGAGAAGGCACUUUAUGAGGAACUCUCAACACAGUUAGAGAUGAAGAUUGAAGCAGAGAGAACUCGUUCUGUGGAGUCUGCUAAAGAAUCAUUAGAGGAACAACUACAAUUAGUGAACUCGGAAGCUGCAAACCUGCGUGAUAUGGUGACUGCACUUGAGCACGAUGUGGAAAAGGAGAAGAUAUUUUCUGCAGAGCUCCAGAUGCAACUAGAAGCUCUAGAGGCUAUAAAGAAGGUGCUGGAGUCAGAGGCGGAGUCUGCACUUCAGGAUGCCAGAAAUCUCAACCAGAAGGUGGAGUCAUUGGAAGCAAAACUCGAGGACCAGAUGUCAUCAGCCGAAGAAUUCACUGCCAAGGCAGAGGCUUUACAGUCAGAGAAGAUGGCUAUGGAGCAUAAACUUAAAACAGCAGACAGGGAACUCAUAAAACUGACAAACAAGGUGAGCUUGCUCCAUAGGGAGAUCGAGCAGGAGAGAUUGUUAUCAGAAGAGUAUGAACAGAAAUGCCAAAAGCUGGAGGCUCAGCUGUCAAGAGAUAGCAGGGAUGCAAAGCUCUGGCGGCUCGCAAAUUCAAAUGGAGAUCUGAAGGCUAAAAAGGAGAAGGAGCUCGCCAACGCAGCUGGGAAGCUCGCAGAGUGCCAAAAGACAAUUGCUUCUCUGGAGCAUCAACUGAAAUCACUGACAGACCUCGACAGUGUGGUGCUGGAGCCUGAAAGGCUUGAAUCCAGCAGGGAUAUGCAUAUACCAUUGCCACUGGACUUCAGAAAUGGGGAUGCUGAAUUCGCGAUGUUUGCGGAUGAUUUAUACGACUUUGACCUUCCAAACAGCAACACAAGCUGCUUUUCUCCGCUCCCGUCGAUCCAGCCCUCGUCCCCGCCAUCGGAGAUGUCAGUGUUUGCAGGGGGGCUCUCGACUCUUAGCAGUUACAGGAGCAAAAGAGCAAGUAGGAGGAAACCAGCGAGCGGCACGGAGGAGUGGCGCCGGAACGCGGACACGCACAAGAUGAGCGCGGAGGAGGUGCGCGCGGCGGGCGUGGAGGCGUCCAUGCGCCCGCCCGGCCGGGGCCCCGGGGAGGUGCUGCACCAGCGCGGCCGGCUGCCGUACGGUCCCGGAACCAUGGCGCUCGUCGGAUUCGGCAUCGUAGGCGCCAUCGGCUUCUUGGUGCUGUACCAGAAGGCCAGGCCCGGCACGCCGGCCACCGAGGUGGCCAAGGUGGCCGUCGGGCACGGGGACCCCGCCGCCGGGCGUGAGCCCCCCGACGGCGCGCGUCAAGGGAAGAAUGCAGCUGCUCAUUUGCAGGGGUUGAGGAAGAGGAAGUGCAGAUUCAAUGUUCAUCUGGUGUUUCCCCCUAUCCACGCUCCGAGAGUACCCGGCUGUGGCUGUCUGUCUGCCGCCUCGUCGUCGUCGUCCAUGGGCCUCUUCAGCUCGCCGGCGAAGGUCUACAAGCCGGCCGCCGACGUCGACCUCGGCCCCGGCAGCGACGAGUUCUACAUCAGCCCCAAUGUCAAAGCUCCUCGGGUCGCCGGGCUCCUGGUGAAGAUCUUCGUGUGGAUCCUGGAGAUGCCGAUCGUCGGACAGAUUGUGCUCUACAUCCUGAAGAAAGACAACCUCAUCAACAAGCUGGUCUCUGACGCCGACAUCCCGGAGCCGCCGCUGUUCACUGCAACCCACAGCUGGGAAGACAUCCCAGAGCAGAACGUGAGGCUGAUCAAGCCCGACCUGUCGGCGGCGGAGCGGGUCCAGGAGGCCGCCGGCUGCCUCCCCGCGCGGCUGGAAGCCACGCUCGCCGCCGGCGCGGCGUCGUCGGGGCUGAAGCGGUGGACGAUCCGGGACUUCGCCGACGCGUACAGCUCAGGGGAGACGACGCCCGUGCAGGUGGCGACGAGGUUCCUGGCGGCGGUGAAGGAGAGCUCGGGGCCUGACCUGAACAUGGCCUUCUUCAUCAGCUGCGACCCCGAGGACGUGAUGAGGCAGGCGGAGGAGUCCACUCGCAGAUACCAGAGAGGUGCGGCGCUGUCAGCGCUGGACGGCGUUCUGGUUGCGGUGAAGGACGAGAUGGACUGCGUGCCGUACCCGACGACGGGCGGGACGCGGUGGCUGGCCGCGGCGCGGCGGUGCGAGGCGGACGCCGCCUGCGUGGCGCAGCUGCGGGCCUGCGGCGCCGUCCUCGCCGGCAAGGCCAACAUGCACGAGCUCGGCGCCGGAACCAGCGGCAUCAACCCGCAGCACGGGUCCGCGAGGAACCCGUACAACUCCAACAAGAUCGCCGGCGGCUCCUCCAGCGGCUCGGCCGCCGUCGUCUCCGCCGGCCUCUGCCCCGUCGCCCUCGGCGUCGACGGAGGCGGUUCCGUCCGGAUGCCGGCGGCGCUGUGCGGCAUCGUUGGCUUCAAGCCCACCGCCGGCCGCCUCUCCAACGCCGGGGUGCUUCCGCUGAACUGGACGGUGGGGAUGCCGGGGAUCUUGGCGGGGACGGUGGAGGACGCCCUCAUCGCGUACUCGGCGAUCGUCGACCAAUCCCAGCCGUCCUACUUGCGGCCUGAGCUGAAUCUGCCUCAGCUCAAGUCCACACUGUCCAUGAGCAACAUCAAACUAGCCAAGUACGCAAAGUGGUUCAACGACAGCGCCGAGGACAUAAGGAGCUGCUGCGACAAGGCUCUCAAGACGCUGCAAGCGCACUACGGCUGGCAGACCGUGGAUGUGACCAUUCCUGAGAUCGAGGAGAUGCGGCUGGCGCACUACGUCACCAUCGGCUCCGAGUGCACCACGUCGCUCGCCAAGUACCUCGACAAGCUGAAGAGGUCUGAAAUCGGCUGGGACGCAAGGGUCGCGCUGAGCGUGUACGGUUCCUUCAGCAGCAGAGCGUACCUCAACUCGCAACGGCUUCGGAACCGGCAGAUGUACUUCCACAAGGAGAUCUUCAAGACCGCCGACGUGAUAGUCUCGCCGAUGACCGGUGUGACCGCCUACACUCUGCAAGACGACGCGUUCAACACCGGGGAACUGGACUACAUAAACGGAGCCGCGCUUGUUCGGUACUCCAUCGCCGGGAACUUCCUCGGCCUGCCGGCCAUCACCGUCAUGGUUGGGCAUGACAAGGGCGGGCUCCCCAUCGGGCUCCAGUUCAUCGGCCGGCCCUGGUCCGAGGCGACGCUGCUCCACAUCGCCUUCGCCAUGCAGGAGGCGUGCGCAAAGGGCCACAAGAAGCCGGCGGUGUUCUACGAUCUCCUCAAGAAAGAGUAGUGUGAUCCCAGACGAGCGCAGAAGAGAUCACGCAUCAGCUCUGUCCGUUUUGAUAUCAGGUGACAUGCCUUGAGUUGGUAAUGGGUGGCAGAACCAUGCGUCCAAGUGAAGGAUUGGAAUAGCAAAUUUGAUCUUGUCUAGAGUACAGGGUCUUCAGUUCAGAGAAAGAAAGCAGUUCUUUCUUUCUGAGAGCACAAUGGUUCAAGUUCAGUGUAGCGGUGAAUCAAGCAGUUCCAUCUUAUUCUUAUGAAUGUCACUGUAGGCGGUGUAUGCGAAAUGAAAUCUUCCAAGAUGUUUCUGUGUACCGAGUCUAUCUCGUGCAAGAGCACGUUGAUGAUGUUUUUUCA